AUGCAAAAGCCUGUGCUCUUGCCCAAUAAGUAUAAUAUAUCGUGUGAGUAGCGUUGGAGCAUCUAUUGUAUGCACAGAGCCAUCUAUUGAAGAAGAAGAAGAAGUUAAGAGAUUCAUCAAUUUUUGACAGUCAUGCACUACUGAACUGAUUUGAUUUAUCAAAAAUUGUUAAAUAUUUAAUUGCUAUCACAAUUAAAAAGCAAUAUGGGAAUGCCUGAGGAGAGACUAAUCCCAAAAUCAUUACGGACAGUAUUGACAGUGGAUGUUUACUUGACAAAUGCUUUUGUCAAUUUGAUGGAAAAAUAUCUACCAUUGGAACAAUCAGAAAUACAUUAUAAAUUAUUAGAAUUAUCAUGUCACAGUAUACCGUGGUUUACAACUAUUCUCAUGCUUAUUUGGAUGUUGCACAGCAAAAGCUUAUUUCAAAUGCAAGUUAACCUUAUGAUAGGAUUGCUAAUUGAUGCUCUAGUAGUUUGUGCACUAAAAGCAAUAAUAAGAAGAAGACGGCCCAGUUUUAGUAACAAUAUAUUUUUCAUAGGUCCUGAUAAAUAUUCUUUUCCAUCAGGACAUGCUUCUCGUGCUACAUUUAUUACAUAUUUCUUUUUUUAUAUAUGGCCUAUCUCAUUAAUAUUUGCAUCACUUUUACUACUAUGGUCUGUUUCUGUAUGUUUAUCCCGAUUAUUAAUGAGAAGACAUCACAUACUUGAUGUGUUUUUUGGUAUUCUUUUGGGUAUUUUGGAAGGAUUAAUAGUGGAUUAUAUUUAUUUAGAACAGGAGACAUGUGUUAACUUAGUAUCACGGAUUUUCACAGAUAUAUAGGUUUAAUUGAUAUUUAAAUGCUAUUUUCAAGGGAUUUGCAAAAUAAUUACUUACAACAUCCACUAUUAAUGUUAAUAAUUUUGUUGUUAAUGUUAAUAGUUAUGGAAUCUCAGGUUGUGAUUAUGGUUGUGGAAAAAUCAAAUAUUUUACCCAUUUUUACUAAUAAUAAGGUGCAAGAAAAUGAUGUUUAAAAAUUAUGAUUAUACACGAAAAAAUGUGAAAAAAAAUGAAUAAUUUAAGAGACCAAAGUGAGACUCGACGAAUAGAACAAGAAUAUAUUUUAAAUUAAACUUUAUUAAAGAUUUGUACUAUGACUAAUGUACUAUGACAAGCAUGUCAUUCUCUACUGUUAGAUUUGUGUUGCAAUAAAUGUAUAUCACGGUCAACCUCA